AUGCCACCAACAACGAGAUCAUCAACAAAGAAGGCCACCGUCGUCGACGCAAGAGAGAUCGUCUCCUGGACCUCAACCGUAACUGGUGAGACGCUGUUUUACGAGCGUUUCCAUGCAUACGAUGAAGAACAAGAGAUACUGUUUGUGCAAUUGCGCAGAGACGAGCAAGGAGACUUGGUCCCUUGGACUAAAGACGAGGAAGAUGGUACUAAAGAAAUUUGUCUGAAGAGCAUGGCAUUGAUGCUGAUAAGAUGUAGAAGACCAGGAUCUUGA